AUGAGCGAUAAGGACGAGGUACUGGAUAUGAAUCUUUUGGAGGCGCAGGCAACCAGGGAGCCCGAGCCCGAGCCCGAGCCCGAGGCGGUAAACGAGCAGCAACCGGAAGUGCCGCAAAUUCCAGCUCCGAAAGAAAGCGCAGUUGACUGGCUGUACUGCGCAACGCAGUACUUACGGAUGUACGACGAACUCAAACAAUUUCACGUGGCGCGCGGGCAUCCUCCUGCCGAAGUCUUGAAGCAGAUGGGCAUCUUCAAAGCCACCUGUAGUGCGGAGCUUCGAAGGGUUUACAACCUCCCGCUAUACCUAGAUGAGAAAUUGGACCUCAACGAGCGCAAGGUUUGGCGUCAAAAACUGCUACGGCUCUACAAGCUACGCAUCCUGCCAUGGGUCUGCAAGCUCGACUACGAGGAAGCUGAGAAAAUCUUGAAGGGCGAAUUACUCAAUAAGCUGGAACAAGUCAACAAGCUAGCCGACGAUCCUCUUGCAUCCGGCUUUAUCGUCAUGAGAAACCUACUCGACUUGGUAAUUCUGGCAGUUUCUAAGCACGACCACGAGAAGCGACUAUACACUAUGCUCCAGAAGACUGCCGUAGCGGCGUGGAUCGACUGCUUAAGGGAAUUUCCAGACGAGCGUGUUCGGAUCGAGAACCUUCGGCGCGUAGAACGACUCCAGGGGUCAACCGACGCCACCUACAACGACUUCCUUGAAACUUUGCAUCAGCGGCUGAGACCUGGACAGCCGAUACCA